GUGUCAUUAUAGUGAUAAAAUUUGCUAAAUGCGUUCUACUGAAAAAGACGAAAAUAACAUUUUUUUUAAAAAUAUUUCUGUGUAAUCGCUCAUAGAAUCGCUUCUGAGUGCAAAAAAAAUUGUUAUAAAACCAAUAUAAAAGUUUGAAACCCAGAAAAUUGUGCAUUAUAAGUAAUUUUCGAAUUUCGUCACAUACUGCGUGAUAAAAAAAAAGUUUUUGUUUGUUAAAGCCACCGAAGGGCGUCAUCGCUACAUAAUAAAUUCGCAUUAAAAUGGGUCAACGUAAGUGUUGUGUUCCUGAAUGCAAAUCAUCAUCCCAUUUACCAGAAUGCAGUGAGAUGAAAUUUCACGCAUUUCCAACAAACAAUGCUACACGAAAUAUUUGGUUGAAAAAUUGCCGCAUCGAUCAAAUUCGUUCAAUAACAAAAAACAAUGUGGUGUGUUCGAAACAUUUCCAUGAUUCAGACUAUCAAGUAACGAAAAAUGAUCGACGAAUGCUGGGUGUAAAUGCAGUUCCAACAGUUUUCUCAUGGGGUAAUGAGAAAUCAUUUUCCGAGCAUAUGGACACAUCAGAAGCAAUACCGGAUACAUCGGCGAAUGAAUCGGCGACCAAAACAACAGAGAUUCCAAGCGAUAAUACUGCGGUGACGAAGUCAAAGAAAAUGAGUUCACGUUCACAAGCGAACAUCGCUGAUGACAAACAACGAUCGGCUAGUGCUGAAGAGCAAUCUUCAACCAGUGCUAACAAAAAAGUGAACAAAGUAAGGAAAUCAUUGGAUUUAUCAAACACAUCUGAUAAAACACCGAGCAAAGACAAUGUUAUUAAGUCGCCAAGCAAGAAAUUUGACAUUGCCAUGCAACUGACGCCUGGUGCAAAAGUUGAAGCACAAGAUUUGACAGGAAGUUGGCACAAUGCCAGUGUAGUCGAAGUGGAUCAGGGCGAACAAGAGGUCUUAAUCAAUUUCGAAAAAACUGUGAAAGGAAAAGGUGCUAGUGGAUUCAAGUUGAACGAAGAAUGGAUUGCGAUGGACAGCACCCGAUUACGAAUACCAGUUCAGGUAACAUUCAAAGAGGGUGAUCGAUGUUUGGCUCGUUGGACUGAUUCAAGGAAAUUUCCAGCAACUGUGGUUAGACCAUUGGAUAACAACAAAUACGAAGUACUGUUCGAUGAUGGUCUCGUAAAAUACGUCAAAGGAAUCCAUAUGUCAAAAACAAAGCGUACAGCAAGUGAAAAGGCGUCACAAUCAUGUGAUUCACCAACUAUACUAGGAGCACCGGUGACUCCAGUAGUGACACCCAUUCAACCCAUCAUCAGAAAACCAUUCAAAAUCAAUCCAAUUCCGAAAUUCGAUUUGAGUAAAUUCAAUCUACCCGAAAUACCGGAAGGUGAAUGGUGUUGUCCAUGGAUUAACGACACACCGAUUGGUGAUGAGGGUUUUUUGUUGAAUGCAGACGGUACAAAACGUCCAACAGUUUUAGUGCAAGAUAAAAGAUUACCGGCCGGAUGGACAAAACAUUUGUAUCAACGUUCAAGCACAUCAGGCAAAUGGGACGUUGUACUGGUUGGCCCGAAUAAUAACAAACGCUUUCGUUCGAAGAAUGAUGUCAAAUUAUAUCUAGAAGAAAUCGGUCAACCAUACAAUCUUGAUAUUUAUGACUUUAGCAUUCACAAACGUCGUGCUAAAGAUGUUGGUGUUUAUGUUUUCACUAAUGAUUAUGUGCCGCCGGUGAUUCCAAAACCAUCAUCUGAUUUCAAGUUGGACUCGAGUCUGGAUUCGUCGUUUCAACAAGAACCAUUCACCGGUUUCACACCAAAUGAAUCGACAUCAACAAUUCUAUCGAAAAUAACAAAAGAAAUAAAGGCCGAAACGAGUACACCAAUCAAAACCGAACCAAAUACGUCUGCAUUGGAGGAAGGUUUCACUUAUGUUGGUGCAUUGAAAGUUAAAUUGGUCGAUAAUUUGUUUCAGUGUCCCAAAGAUGACUGCAAGAAAAAUUUCCGCAAAGAAAAUCAUUUACAAAUUCAUGUGAAACAUUAUCACCAAGAAUUAUCACAACAACUUGGCGCUUGCCCAAAUAUGACUGAGCUCGCCUAUUUCCGUACGAUGGGAACAUCGAUCGAUGAAUCAUCGCCGAAAAAUCAAAUUCCCAAUUCGCAAUUCUUUGAAAAAACAUACACAUCGGAAAUGAGAACCGUUCGCAAAUCAUUAUCACCAACUCGCAUUAAAGUCGAACCGAAGACAGAAGAGCCAUCAACAUCAUCACAAAUGAUCAUUGAUGAGACAACAAAUGAAGGAUUGAAGCGUAAAUUGACCACAAAUCAGGGCAGUCCUGAAAUCAAAGAAAAACGAAAACCAUCCGCCACCGAUAAAGUAAAUCCACCAGAAUUUUCGGCAAAUAACAGCAAAGACUUUAAAUUGGACGAUAUUGAAAUGGGAGCCAUAGUUUCGACGCCAGUGAAGAAAUCAGAAAGUAAAUCUGCAAUAGAUUCAAAGCCAACUGUGCAAAAAGCAAUAAUACCACGUUUUAAAAUCGGUAACAUGUCAAAACUGAAAGGCAAAAAGACUUCGCCCCGAAAAGGAAAAACAUUUAAAAAGAAAUUCAAAAAAUUCAACAAAGAUUUCAAACGAAAAAGCUACGAAGUUUUUGGCAAUCGAUUGCCAAUACAACGCGACAGUGGUAUAUUUGGCGGUAGUUUUUCACGUCAAUCACGACCGAAUCGAUUGAAAUUUUUACAGUACUCAUCAACCGAUUCCAAUUCAGAGAGUUCAAUAAUGGAUCCAAAUUUCCAACAACGAUCCGGGUCACAGUAUGUCGAUGAAAACGGGGAAAUUAUUAAAAUUGUACGAAUGCGCCAAGAGGAAAUCAUUAACUGUGUGUGCAAGUAUGGCGAAGAAGAUGGUUUAAUGAUUCAGUGUGAAUUAUGUUUGUGCUGGCAACACGGUGGAUGUAACAACAUCGAAAAAGAAAGUGAAGUACCGGAGAAAUAUGUGUGUUGGAUAUGCCGACAUCCAGACAAUAUCCGCGAAUCAAUGAGAUAUGUUCAUGAUCAGGAUUGGUUGUAUGAUGGAAAACUAUUUCAUGCAAACUAUCAUCAGCCAAGUCGUCAAGCGGCCAUGCGUUCUGACAUUCUCAAACAAAGUCAUACACUCACCGGCAAUCUUUUGGAACUGAAGCGUUCACUGCACAGUUUAAAUGUAAAGAUAAACAUUGCAUCGAAUAAAGAUCAUCCAAAAUUAUAUUUGUGGUCAAAGAAAUGGGAACAAAGUCCACCGAGAAAUGCUGAAGCAAACGUAGAAACGAAGGUUGAACCUAAGCCAGCCAUUCAAGCACAACAUUUAACAGUCACCGAAGUUAAGAAUGAAACGGAACCGAAUCCGGAGUCAAAUACAUCGCAGAAAUGUACUGAGAAUGAAAGUAAUUUGAUAAAAGAGGAAGAACCAACAGAGAAAACGAAUUCUACCGCAAAUGAAACUGAAAGUGUACUAAAGAAUGAGACAACACCAAUUGAAAAUAAAGCAGAUAAUGACGUUAAAACUGAAACAAAGAACAAAGCAACAACACAACAACCGAUUAAACAAGCAGUCAUACCGAAAAAUGUCGUUCGACCAACACCAAACAUACCCAAACCAGAAGCCGCCAUUGAUUCGGUUGAAUGUCAGCAUCGCCUUUUAGAACACGUACAAAAGGAACAAAAUACAAUUCUAUCGCGUAUGCAAACCAUCGACGCACAGAUUGUUGCUCUUGAAUCAAUGGAUGAUCAUCCCUAUACAAAUACAGACGCCGACUUUGCCAAAACCAGUCAAACCAUACGGAUGCUCUUGAAUGAUCUUGCUAAAAUGAAAAAAUUGGCUACAAUCAAUAGAAUAAGUCGCAAAGAUCCACAUGCACCAUUAUACAAUUCCAUUGAACCGUCACAUUUCAUAUAAAUACGCUCAUAAAAAUAAGUCACUUUAUUAAGUUUAAAACAUUUUGGCCUGUAAAAUGAACAAAAAAAUAAAUUCUGUGAAUUUUAAAACAAAAUAUACAUACAUUGUUAUUCUGAGAGUCUGUUCCCAGCAAACAAAUUUGUAAUGUUUUUAGUACAUUCUAACGUUGAAAAAUGUAACGUUUUGGCCCAUUCUGGUGGUCAUUUUCG